GUCUUCUCAUUUCUCAACUCACAUUCCCAAUUUCAUAAGAAAACCAAAACGUCUCUUUCCUGCCUUUUUCUUUCUCCUCUCUGUCUAUAUUUACUCCCACACCUUCACCCCUCUUUCUCUCUCUCUAUAUCUUUCUCUCUCCUCUCUUUGCUGACCUUCACUUCGUCGGAGAUCCGCAGUUUCACGCUCAUCUUUUCGCCGGCGAAAAAUUUUAUUCCGGCGAAUUCACGCGUCGAAUCAUUUUGUUGUCUCGAUCGUUCGUCUUUGUUUAAAAAAUCAUGAAUCCGGAGUAUGAUUACCUGUUUAAGCUUUUGCUUAUUGGAGAUUCUGGUGUCGGAAAAUCAUGCCUCCUCUUGAGAUUUGCGGAUGACUCAUACUUGGAGAGUUACAUAAGCACUAUUGGAGUUGAUUUCAAAAUACGCACUGUGGAGCAAGAUGCAAAGACCAUUAAACUUCAAAUUUGGGAUACUGCUGGACAAGAGCGUUUCAGGACAAUCACUAGCAGCUACUACCGUGGAGCACAUGGCAUCAUUGUGGUCUAUGAUGUAACAGAUAUGGAAAGUUUCAACAAUGUAAAGCAGUGGCUAAAUGAAAUUGAUCGUUAUGCUAGUGACAAUGUUAACAAACUUCUAGUUGGAAAUAAGUGUGAUCUUGCUGCCAACAGGGCUGUACCAUAUGAAACUGCUAAGGCUUUUGCUGAUGAAAUUGGCAUACCUUUUAUGGAGACCAGUGCAAAGGACGCUACUAAUGUAGAACAGGCUUUCAUGGCUAUGACUGGUUCAAUCAAAAACAGGAUGGCCAGCCAACCGAUGAACAAUGCAAGGCCUCCAACAGUUCAGAUCCGAGGUCAGCCCGUUGCACAGAAGAGUGGAUGCUGCUCUACCUAGGGAAAAUAUGAAAUUUGAUGCCACGUUGUGGCAUGUAAGAAUCUGAUAUUCUGCAACAUUAUUUGAAAUUCAAUAUUCAUCAACAUGAUCUCUUCUAGGUUCCGUGUUCUUAGUGGUUUGCAAUUUGUUAAUUUGAAGGUUUUCAUUCUUUUCUACAAGUAGAUUUGUAUAAAAUGAUGAAUCAUACUGAAAAUUUUAGCAUGAACUUCUUUUACCUUAA